CAGCUGGCAAAACCUCGGCAGGCGCUGGCGGAUCCCUCCCGCGCCAGGUGACUAAUGGCGAGGAAACCCGAGGGGAUGAGCAGGCCCAGAGGAACACAGAGCAGGGCUCUGAGUUGCAGAAGAGGGACACCAGCUCGAGCACGGAUAAUGAAAAGAAGAUGGAAGAGAACCAGAAGAGGACGGGUGCAUCUGAACACAGCGACACGGAGAAGCACAACGGUGGCCAGGAUAGCCAAGGCAACAACACGAGUUACCAAACCAACGGACAAGGCGGCGGUGCUGGUAACACGGCCGACAACCAGAGCAACAAGCCUGAUAACCAGUACAACAACCAGAGCAGCAGCCCCGGUAACCAGAGCAGUGACAACCAGAACCCAGGCAGUGAAAACCAGAACAGCAGUGACAAGAACAAGGGCAGCAACCAAGGCGACAGUGGCGGGAACGAGGACAACAACAGGGACAGCAGCAAGCAGGACACCAACAGCAAGAACAGCAACAACCAGGGCCAGGCCAACAGCCAGGACAGCCACAACAACAACAGCCAGGACCAGGGCAAUAACAAGGAGCAAGACAACAGCCAGGACCAGGGUAGUAACAAGGAUGAGAGCAAAAACCAGGACAGGCACAACAACAACAACACCCAGGACCAGGGUAGUAACAAGGAUGAGAGCAACAACCAGGACAGCGUGAAUGGUGGCCAGGGCAAAAGCGGGGACAGCAACAACUCAGAGCAGAGCAACAAUGGGAGCAGCAACACCAGAAGCCAGGACAACAAGCAGGACAGUAAUGACAAGAACCAGAAAAACAAUGAGAACAGCAACACAGAGAACCAGGGCAAGAACACAGAUGGUGGCAGUGAUAACCAGGCCGACAGCCAGAGUAAUCAAAUGGGCUCAUCGAGAGAGAACGUAUCACCACAAUCAACUUCCUCCAAUACUGAGGGCAACGUGUCUUUAGAAAAUGGAGAAAGCCCCAGCGAGAAAGAGGAUGGGACUAAAGAGGACAGCAAGGGUUCUUCCUUGAGUAAGGAGAGAGAGCAGAGCGUUCCGUCUCCCCCCAGGGACCAGUCGGAGAGCAGCCACUUCUUCGCCUACCUGGUGACCACGGCUAUCAUUGUUGCCGCCUUAUACGUAGCGUAUCACAACAAACGCAAGAUCAUCGCUUUUGCUCUGGAAGGGAAAAGAUCGAAAAGUGGUCGACGGCCCAAAUCUGCUGAUUAUCAGAGACUGGAUCAGAAGAUCUAGAUUCCUCCUCGGAUCUUCAGUGGAAUAACAACGGCUGGCGGUGAAGGUGCAGGAACACUGGGACGCCCACUGACUCCCCUGCUGUAGCGCUCUGAGUUGCAGCUGUGCUGCCGCCUUCAGAUUUCAGACAACGGGAAGAAGGGGAAAUGCAUUUCGUUACGCACCUGCACCUUGGUAAUGCUGAACCUCUCGCUGUCUCGAAACGCAUUUCUCCUUGCCCAGCUGCCUGAAGGUGAACUCGGUUUCCGCUUGGGCGUCUGGCUCGUAGCCUGUGACCCAAGAAGAGCCGGUCCCCAGCGCCUGACAGAACUUUUGUGUCCAAAUGAAAUGGAAUUUGCCAUCUACUGUACUGACAUCU